UAUUGUUGCGGCCGAGGGUGGGUUGGACCAUCUUCCAUUUCAGCCUGCGGAAAGGGACAACGGAAGGAAGCAACAAAAAGGAAGCACCUGUCGUCGAUAACCUCUCUUCCUCCCCCUUCCUCCUCUUCUUCGUCGUCGUCGUCGUCCUCCUUCCUUCCGACAAUUCUCCGGUCCGCCCGACCGAAACCUUCCUCCAAGCAGCUCGCGAUAGACCCUUUUAUGCGAUCCAGCUCGCUCUGCUCGUCAUGGAGGCGGAGGUUCCCGGCCCUGUUCCCCCGGCGGCGGCGGCCGACGAUCGGAUGGAGUCGAAGGAGCCUGUCCGCGUCAAGAGGAAGACGCUGCAGGCCGUGCUCGAGCAGUGCCAGAGAGCGCUUGAAUCACUCAGCAACGACCAGGAUUUGGAUGACGAUGACGAUGAAAGAGAAGAAGAAGAAGAUGAUGGAGCCGGCAGCGACGCGAGCCUCAGCCGCCAGAGCUCAGGAGCUCUGCAAGACGACACUGAAGCCGAUGAGUUUUGCGAUCUUCUGAAGUCUAGAGUUGAAUGCCCGGACUUUCUUGAAAAGAUAGAGAGCGCUCAGGUGCCAGUUCCUCAAAAUAGUACUGAAGAAGGCAGUUCCUGGGAUCUGGUAAAUGAUAGUGAUUUAUGGGACAGCGAAAAACUGGAUGCGGAUAAAGAGGAUUAUGUACUCGUGAGACAAGAAGAUAUAGUGGAGGGUAUUGCGUGCUUCAUGGCAGCAUACUUGUCGUCCCUCAAAGAAACGAAGGACUUAACUCCUAAUCAGCUCCAGGAAGCUCUUAGCAAGACAUUCUCUGCGAAGAAGAAGAAGGGAAAACUUCGAAAGGCUUGGGACGGAAGCAAAGUCAUUUACAACGUUGCGUCCUGGGGAGCAACUGCAAUUGGGAUAUAUCAGAACCCUGUCCUUUUCAACGCAGCCUCGAAAGCCUUUUGGACUUCUUGUCAUGUUAUCUCGAAGCUCCUAUGAAUUCCAUGUUCUAGGUCGUGUUGUGGUGUAAGAAAAGCUGUGGUUGGACUUCUCGUCUCAGCUCUGUGUUGCUGCUAAUGCAACUCGGGGUCUCUCUGCACGAUGUUUUCAAUACCAGUGCCAUUCUUAGUUCUUAAUUCGUUGUAAUGCUUUGGGGAUGGUGUUCAAGCAUGUAAAUAUUGGGUUUCCUUCAACCUCUCCGCGAUUGAAAUAUUAAUUCACAUUAGAUUUGUUGAAACA